AUGGUGGGUAUACCGGUUUCAGAGCUGCCCAAGACGUUUAGCGACGCGAUCGACAUCUCCAGAGUUCUUGGAAUCCAGUACUUGUGGAUCGACUCACUUUGCAUUAUCCAGGAUGACCAGGCUGAUUGGGAAAAACAUGUCGAGAUAAUGGCGUCGAUCUAUGAAAGUUCUUACUUGACUCUGGCCGCAGGUGCGAGUAGCGACGAUGAUGGCGGCUUCUUUUCCCUUCCCUCGGGCUCCUACGCGAAAUCACAGUGCUCCAGCCUGAAGCUUGGCGGAAAGCUUUGCAACAUUUAUGUGCGCCAUAUAUCCGAAUAUGCUACGCGCGAACUGACUUAUCCGAACGACAAGCUUCCUGCAUUAGCCGGACUGGCGAACUAUUUCCAGCGAACUUUCAAAAUAGGACCUUACGUCCACGGCCUCUGGGUCUCAUCACUCAAGGAAGAUCUUUCGUGGUCUAUCUGGGGCCACUCGGCCUCUAUAGGACGUCCGCGGGAAAGCCCUUCCUGGUCCUGGGUGUCUUGUGUUGAAAGCAAGCUCGAUUGGACAGACUUUUACGAGAGUGACUUUUUCCAUCUUUGCGAGAUCGUCAAGCGGCCAGAAAAACCAAUGUUUGCCGCUCUUUCAGUCUCUGGUAUCCUUCUCACACUGUCCAUUCAUACCCGACCGAAGGAAUCAGAGCUAGAAGAACGACUUUCGUGGGUCCGACGUUGUCAGAUCCUCAAGAGCGGAGAAUACUCUGACCUUAAAUCAUGCGACACGGUCGUUUUCGAGAGUUCGCACUCGGCACACCCAGAUGAUUUCGAGGAUCGAGGCGUUAACAAAGUUGGUCCGGGACCACUCCAAUCACUAACAGCGGACUUCAGAGCUGACUACAGAUUCUGGUCGUCUGGAGAAGACCUACGAGUGAUGCUCCAGCAUAUGGUGUUCUGUGUACUUGGUAUAGAGAAUCGUGGUCGACUUGACGAUGUCGAACCCUGCUGGGUUGCAGGAAUGAUUUUGCGGCCUAUAGAAGAUCAAGGUUGCUUUCCAGAGGGUAGUGAAUUGCAACAAUUCGAGAGAAUCGGCUGGCUCAGGUACUGCACAGAUGUUAUGAGAAGCGAGUUCGAACCAACUGGAACCAAAUCACACUUUCUCAUUGUUUGA